CCUGUGUGUCUGACAUCAUGUCAUUAAUAGAGCAGUAUGGACCCCAGGCUACUUCCUCUAAUGCUUUUGCUGAUUUCAAACAUCCACCUUGGACGAACUCAAGACAAACCCAAAGUAAGUGUAAAGCCCCAGAGUUCAGUGUUCACUGGAGACACAGUUACUCUGAGCUGUGAUGUGGGACAGUCAACGGGACGAACGGUUGUCUGGUUGAAAAAUUUCACGAGAAUAGAAACUGUUGAUCAAACAAUAACACUGAGAAAUGUGAAAGUCUCUGAUGGAGGACAAUAUAAAUGUACUGUAGGAGGAGAGACCACACAAAGCAAACCAGUCAUGCUAACAGUGAGAGAGAGACCCAAGCCUGCGUUGCGUGUUGAUCCUGAUGAACAUGUGUUCAGAGGACAGACGGUCAAUCUCACAUGUGACAUACAGGAGACAGACGUCAGCAGCUGGAGCUACAUCUGGAGUAAAGAUGAUUCAGAGAUUGAUGUCAGUCAGUCACAGCAAUACAGAAUCAGUUCUGUUAAUGAAUCUCACACGGGUCGUUACAGCUGUACUGGAAGAGAAACAGGAGGAUCACGAUCCUCACACACCAGUGAUACAGUUACACUCACCGUAUCAGAGAGACCCAAGCCUGUGUUGCGUGUUGAUCCUGAUGAACAUGUGUUCAGAGGACAGACGGUCAUUCUCACAUGUGACAUACAGGAGACAGACGUCAGCAGCUGGAGCUACAUCUGGAGUAAAGAUGAUUCAGAGAUUGAUGUCAGUCAGUCACAGGAAUACAGAAUCAGUUCUGUUAAUGAAUCUCACACGGGUCGUUACAGCUGUACUGGAAGAGAAACAGGAGGAUCACGAUCCUCACACACCAGUGACACAGUUACACUCACCGUAUCAGACAAAACCAAAGUAAGUGUAAAGCCGCAGAGUUCAGUGUUCACUGGAGACACAGUUACUCUGAGCUGUGAUGGGGGACAGUUAACGGGACGAAAGAUUGUCUGGGUCAAAAACUCUAUGAGAAUAGAAACUUUUGAUCAAACAACUAUAACACUGAGAGAUGUGAAAGUCUCUGAUGGAGGAAAAUAUACAUGUGCUGUAGGAGGAGAGACCACACAAAGCAAACCAGUCGUGCUAACAGUGAGAGAGAGACCCAAGCCUGUGUUGCGUGUUGAUCCUGAUGAACAUGUGUUCAGAGGACAGACGGUCAAUCUCACAUGUGACAUACAGGAGACAGACGUCAGCAGCUGGAGCUACAUCUGGAGUAAAGAUGAUUCAGAGAUUGAUGUCAGUCAGUCACAGGAAUACAGAAUCAGUUCUGUUGAUGAAUCUCACACGGGUCGUUACAGCUGUGAAGGAUCUCUGUCUCCGUCUACAGACCAUCAGCUGCAGAACAUCAGUCAGACAUCAGAGCAUCAGAGGAACAAUGGACAAACACCAGCAUGCUCCAGUCUGUCCGACUCAGAAACACUCACAGUGUCUUUACAUGAAGUGCAAUGA